GUCAGAAGAAGUACACAACAUGUCAGGCAGAGGCAAAGGAGGCAAAGGUCUUGGAAAGGGAGGCGCCAAGCGUCACCGCAAGGUUCUUCGUGAUAACAUCCAGGGAAUCACCAAGCCUGCGAUCAGGCGUCUGGCUCGCCGUGGUGGUGUAAAGCGUAUUUCUGGUCUCAUCUACGAGGAGACCCGUGGUGUGUUGAAGGUUUUCCUGGAGAACGUGAUUCGUGAUGCCGUCACCUACACCGAGCACGCCAAGAGGAAGACCGUGACCGCCAUGGACGUCGUCUAUGCUCUGAAACGCCAGGGCCGUACUCUGUACGGUUUCGGCGGUUAAAGAUUUGAUCUGUCCCUCAUCCUAAAUCCAAAGGCUCUUUUAAGAGCCACCCAAUUCCUUACAAAAGGCUGUGUUCGAGAUCGUGCCGAUUAUACUCUACUUGAAUGCUUUAUUUCUAUAUGUUGACUGAUCGCAAUGCCAUGUUUAA